GGUCCAAAGGAUAUUCCUCGACCGUUACUAGGUCUUUUUUGUUGCAUUUGUUUGUCAUAUUUUAAUUUUUAGAAACAAGAUCCCAAUUCAUCCACAAUCACAAUGUAACAACAACAUCAAAAUUGAAUAAAUAAAUAAAAUAAAAUAAAACAAAAUGCAAGCCUUUCUAUUUAUAUACAUCUUAUAAAUCUUAUCUUAAAUAUUAGAUUAGACACCAAAAGCAUGUUCUUGUUGCACACACUUUCACCAUUUUUCCUGUAAAAAAAGAAUUCCCACUUAUUCAAUCGUAAUUAGUGUUUACAAGAAUUCAUUUAGAAAAAUCGAUAAAUCAUAUGAAAUUCGGGAAAGAAUUCAGGAUGCACUUAGAGAAAACCCUACCUUCAUGGAGGGAUAAGUUUCUGUGCUACAAGGUCCUGAAGAAGCUGCUGAAGAAUGUUCCCGCCGCCGCCGAUAAUCCGCCGCGGGGCGUGGGUGCGGCUGUUCCUAUGCUGCCGUUGCCGGAGCUCCACGUAUGGUUUGUCACGAUUCUCAACGAGGAGCUUGAAAAGUUCAACGAUUUCUACGUCGAAAAGGAGGAGGACUUUAUCAUCCGCUUCCAGGCACUAAAGGAAAAAAUCGAGCGUGUGAAGGAGAGAGGAAGGUACAAUGGAGUUUUCACCUCGGAGAUUGAAUUUAGUGAAGAUUUAAUGGAGAUACGUAGAGACUUUGUCUCGAUUCACGGAGAGAUGGUUCUGCUCAAAAGCUACAGCUCCCUCAACUUUGCAGGUCUUAUCAAGAUUUUGAAGAAAUACGAUAAACGAACUGGGGCAUUAUUGAGCCUACCUUUCACUCAGCUCGCCUUUAACCAGCCCUUCUUCACAACCGAGCAAUUAACAAGAUUAGUUCACCAGUGUGAAGAGAAUCUCGAGGUUUUGUUUCCGAUAGAAGCUGAGGUGGUAGAAUCGACCGAUACUUUCGAUUACCAGACAUGCGUAUCACAUGCUGAGGUGGCGAAUGUUUCGUCGGAGACGACAUUUUCGCUCGGACAAGAAACUGUACGUAUAUACCAGAGUACACUUGCUGCAAUAAAUGCUAUACAGGGCUUGAAAAGGGAAAGCGCUUCCUCGAAUCCUUUGUCCAUGUCGUAUAUAUUUGGAAGCCGUGAUAAUGGCAGCACAGGUGAUGUAACUGCAGAGAACUCGCCCUGCAACUCUUUCGUUACCUUAAACGAUGAUGACGAGGACGAAGACGAUGUGGAUAUAUGUUCCCCUAAAUAAUUUUUUUUGCCGUUUUAUUUGGUGAUUAAUCUAAAUAAUUUUGUUUGUAUACCUGUCAGCUAAUUUCGGAAAAAUACGUGUAAAUAUAGUGUGAAAAAUAACCUGCCAAUAUAAUGUUUACAUAUUGGCUGAAUUCCGAAUUUUGAUUACAGUUUACGAUUUUUUUUACGUAAAAGUGUGCUUUAAUUUUAAUAAUUUGUUCAAUAUACAGAUUUAUGUUUUGU